CGAAAUCUACACGGCUAAAGUUUGGGGAUCGACAGUGCUCAAAAGCACAUUAAUUUAUACCUUGUGGUGUUAGCAACUUUGAGUACUUUUGUCAAAAUAACAAAAGAUAACUCCGCGAAAUCUUCACAGUUAAAGUUUGUGUAAUUCGCAAUGUUCGCCGCCACAUUGUUUUUUUACUCUGUGACGUUAGCAACUUGAAGAGCCGUUGUCAAAAUAACAAAAUAGAACUCUGCGAAAUCUACACGGCUAAAGUUUGGGGAUCGACAGUGCUCAAAAGCACAUUGAUUUAUACUUUGUGAUGUUAGUAACUUUGAGGACAUUUGUCAAAAUAACAUACGAUAACUCUGCGAAAUCUUCACAGUUAAAGUUUGUGUAAUUCGCAAUGUUCGCCGCCACAUUGUUUUUUUACUCUGUGACGUUAGCAACUUCAAGAGCCGUUGUCAAAAUAACAAAAGAGAGCUUUGCGGAAUCUACACGGCUAAAGUUUGGGGGUUGACAGUGUUCACAAGCACAUUGAUUUAUACUUUGUGAUGUUAGCAACUUUGAGGACCUUUUUCAAAAUAACAAAAGAUAACUCUGCGAAAUCUUCACAGGUAAAGUUUGUGCGGUUCGCAAUGUUCGCCGCCACAUUGUUUUUUUACUUUGUGACGUUAGCAACUUCAAGAGCCGUUGUCGAAAUAACAAAAUAGAACUUUGCGGAAUCUACACGGCUAAAGUUUGGGGGUUGACAGUGUUCGCAAGCACACUGAUUUAUACCUUGUAAUUUUAGCAACUUUAAAAGUGCCUUUGUUAAAAUCACAAAAUAGAACUCUGCGGACUACAAAUUUUAAAUUGAUUUACAAUGUUUGCAGGUGUUACAAGGGUAAAUAAUCCAAUAAUAGGUUUUUCAUUUUAAACUUUUCACUACCACAAACGGCAAAUCACGUCAGUGGAAUGUCGUGACGUCAUUUAAUUUUGCCGCUAUAGAAAAAACCAUACAUUUGGUUUAUUGCUUAGCAUUUGAGUCACGUCGAAUUACUUCACCGCUUGGCGCUCAAAAGGUUAAGAUAAGAUUAGUUAUUGCCUCUGUCAAUUCAGUUUUACGAUACCUCCUAAAUUAUUAUACUGAUGCAAGUGCCGCAAAUGCCCCCUAAUGUAUAAACACAUAUUACUUUAUAUUUUAGGAAUAGGACUGCGAUAACAUACUAGUAAGUAGAGGGCGUCGCGAUACUAAGCUAAUAUCUAGGUAAACAUUAGCUUAGUAUCGCGAAACGAUAUACGAUCGUAUUUACUUCCCACUGAAUUUUCAUAAUGAAAUUCGUAUUAAUUCUGGAAAUAAAGUGACGCAUUUAGUAUAUAUAGGUGUUACUAACACCAUUUUAUUAAACAGCAUUUUAUACUGAGGAAAGUCACUUGCACCACAGUGCAUGCCUACAGGUUAUGUAAAGUUGCCUCCAGAAUCAGGCGAACUAAAUUGACAAGUCAAUGUGCACAAAUGAUACCACAGUUUGGCCAGUACUGUUCAUAUAGGUAUUUUCAAAAAUGUUUGAAUUUGAGAAUAUCGCGAAAAUUUGGGUUGGGUUUGGGUCAGUUCAAAUGUUACAGUUAAGUAAUUUUUUGUGUUAUUUUACAAAUGUUCGUUGGUAUUUCGAAAAUUGUGCAAUUUUAUAAUUGUAGUUGCAUGUAGUUAGACUUGAAAUAAAUUUUGGAUAUUGGAUAAAUAUAUAGUAAUAAAAAAAAAAUUUAGCUCAAAAUACAAAUAAGGCUAACCCAGACGGGGCAUUUUUUCGCACAAUCUGAAUAAUUUCUCAAUUACAAUGUGUGGUGCUGUGGUGUGGACGCAAAAAUUAAAUAGUCUCAAUAAUCCCUAUUGCUUCGAUUCUAAAGACCACUCCCGAAACUGGACAUUCAAGUUGACAAUUAGGUCAGCAUUUAAGAGCCCCGUAACGAUUUUAGAGCAAAAAUUUAAAAUUAAUAGAUUUAGUCGUUGAAAUUGUACACCUUUUGUUACGUAAUAUCUAAAUAACAAGUAUUGGUGCUACAAAUUGAACUGUCCAUUUUGUGCCUGGGAUAUGAAAACAAAGCAUCAGUUAGUGUCGCUAAAUCUAGAGCAGGUUUACGAUUUUUAAUAAGGAACAACGUACUUAAUUAUUUUUAUUGCUUUCCUUACUCAUGCCUUUACCCUAAAAACGGAAUUCUAAGAAAGGUAUUUGAUUGCCUUAAUCGCAAUGUUAGAAUUGCGGAAUUCACAAGGGAAAAAUUUCUCAACUUAAUAAUUUCACAACUGUUACAUUGCGAGAUAAUAUCAGCAUGGCUAGAAACACAAUGUGAACUUAGUUAAAAUAGUGAUGUUGACUUAGUCCUUAGCAAAAGUGACACAAGAAUCGUUCAUUUCGCUGGCAACAUUCGUAGGAUGAGGACGCGUCGGCUUACGCAUCGAACGCACCGAACGUUGUUUUAUAAAAAUAUACUUUUUCUUUUUAAGAAGUACAACGUUAUAGUGAAAAAAUAUAUUAUUAAAAGGAUGGACGACUUAAGUGUGUUUCUGCUCAACUGUGAUUUGAUACACCUUUAUGGAUCGCUAAAUGAUCAGGGCGCGGAUCUUGAUUUUUUGCUAAGCGCGAAUGACCAUGAACUGUCAAUAUUGGUCCCGGCAAUAGUUCAGAAAGGAAAACUGCGCAUGGCGCUAGAUCGAGAGAGAGAACGCAGAGAAGUUAAAAAUGAUCCGAGGGAUGUAGAUGUACAGCUUGCUGUAGCUCCAAUUCAAAAGCAGGACUCCUUCGUGAUUCCAUCAAGUAGUCAAAAAUCUAGUUUAUCCUCUGUUGUUACAACAUCAGCUGAAUUAUUGGAAUGGGACAUCAAUUGUGAUGACUUACAGUUUAUAGAUGCAAGCAAACUCCUAGGGACUACGACUGGCCGAUCUCUCAAACAAAUUUUAGAGAGCUCUAGUAUUGGGAAACCUCUCCUCAAUAAAAAAGUAUUAUCCUCUAGUGACCGAAAGAUACUAACGGCCCUUAUUGUUGAGGCUGAGGUGCGGAAAUUGAAAGAAAACACUGACCCAAUAAGAAAAGAAAUCUGGGAUACGUGGACAUCAGAAAUUAUAAAGCUUUUCCCAGGUGAAACAAAGGGGGUAUAUUAUAAUCCUUUUCGACUUGUAGAUGGAACAGCUAUUCAGGCCAGUGGUUUAAUAGUAAACCGGUUAAUAACAGUACGAAGGAAAUUGAAUGCAGAGAAUCGCUGCCGCAGUAGAAGCCGUCACAGCAGUAGCGACAAAAGCAGCGACAGCAGCGAAGAACAAAAGAAGAGGAAAAAAUCUGCUGUCAAAUCUCCUGCACGGGUUAGACCUUUUCCUGAUUCUUUUCAAAUAAUAACUACCAAUCAAGAAUCUGAAAAAGAUACUGUGCAGUGGUUGAAGCACUCUUCUUCACCAAGAGAAUUGGUUGAAACAAAAUGGAACAGCUGUCUACAUGAACGCAUGGCUGCACUGCAAGAAGGCGACCACGUUAGUUAUUUGACCAUCUUCCCAGCACUGCAAUGUCCUUGGGGCUAUGUAUUGCUGGCUAGUGACUUUGACAAAAUAUACCCUGAAAUAGAAGGAAAGUUCGAAGAAAAUUUCCCGGUAGUGAAAGGGCGCCUGCUAUCAUUACUAGAUGAGAAGGCAGAACAGCUAACACGAGCUGACACAUCUAUUCAAAGUGUUUUGGAUCUUGCAACUUCGGGAGAGGAACAAGCGAACAUUGCGACUUUCCUAGCAGUUCCCCUGUUGCUGAAGCAGAUGCACACUGUUCCCGUGAAAGGCGUCAGAAGACCCUGGAAUCCUUCUAGAUUGGAAGUAAGCAACGCGUUUUUAAGCUUGGUGCCAUCUACAUCGGACCUUCAAAGCCACUUCUGUAAACGGAAGGCCACAUUGCAGGAAAAAAAAUUGCCUGUUCUUCCAUAUUUGGUUGCCAUUGGGGCUUGCUGGCAGGAUGUUAAGCAGUAUGAUUUAUUAAUAUCUGAAGACAUCAGGUACACAUUUCCCAGUAUUUGUAAAGCUGUUUCAAAUACUUUUAAAAUUCUAUGGGCAUUAGACUUACCAUAUUCAAAAGAUUGUGCCCCCGUCUGGAUGUUUAUCCAAAGAAGUAUAUAUGUAAUGAAGAGCAAGUUUGACACUGAAGGCACUCCUAUGCUAGAUUUGCUUGCUUCUGUUUCUAACAGACACGAUGGUGCUGUGUGCAAUAUGUAAAAGGUCUUUUGUCCAAAUGAAGCAAUUUCAAGCCCAUUUUACAUUUUAUCAUCCAGGUAAAUGUUAUAUUUGUCCAAACAUGGGUUGUGGGAGAACUUAUCAUCUGUACAAUUCAUUUAGGCGUCAUUAUUUGAAACAACAUUCAGAUUCUUCUAUGUUACAACAGGCUUCAAGUGUACAGGAUUUUGCUAUUGAACAAGAGACCUCUACCGUGAAUAAUGAUCCAUUAUAUAAUGUAUGUAGUGCAACCGAGAUGCAAAUUAGAGAAAAUAAUAGUACUAUACAGAGUAAUAGCAAACAAAACACACCGCCGCUAAGCGACACUUUAGGUCAACUUUUCUCAUCCCUGUAUAGUAAUCCCCAUUUGCCGAACAAUGUGCUAGAUACAGUUUAUAGCGGUAUUCACAACAUGUUCACUUUCUCAAUCAAACCUCUGUUACCAGUGACAUCUAGCUCUGCCGUAGCAAAACUGACAACUGAUCUAGAGAUGUUUAGUUCAACUUAUAAACGACAUCAGUUCUUUGAAAGCAAUGGUACUUUAAUUAAUCCUGAGCCUUAUACUGUAGGGCGACGAUUUGAUUACGUAAAAAAGAACGGUAAAACUUAUUACCAAGCAGUAGAGUGCAUAGCCCAUAAAAUACCUAUUAGAGAUGUGCUGCACAGAUUUUUUUCGUUGCCCAACAUACUGCAUGAGACCAUCGAUGCUAUGAAAAAACUGAUGGCUCAUGACACGUCAAACAGUAUAGAGCAUUAUAUGCAUGGUUCAUUUUGGAGACAGAAAAAUCAUGGAGAUAAGAUAGUAAUGCCCAUAUUUUUACAAAUUGACGAUUUCGAGACUUUAAAUCCUUUGGGAAGUCAUAGUGGGGUGCACAAACUAGGAGCCGCGUACAUUUCUCUUCCUUGCCUGCCGUACUAUUGUGCCUCCCUGUUAGGUAACAUAUUUUUAGUCUUACUCUAUCAUUCAACUGACAGAGUGGAAUUUGGCAAUCGUAUAAUAUUUCAACCCCUGAUUGACCAGUUUAAUGAUUUAUUUAAGUAUGGAAUAGUUUUUGAUUUGCCAGAUUUCAAGGGCACAAUUUACUUUGAGUUAUCGUUAAUUUUAGGAGAUAAUUUAGGCUUGCAUAGUGUAUUAGGAUUUGUUGAAAGUUUUUCAUGCAAUUUUCCUUGCAGAACAUGUAAAGUAGAGAAAAAAGUCAUGGCAAAUCAGGUUUAUGAAGAUGAGUCUCUCUUAAGGACCGAGUCAAAUUACCAGGAUGAUUUAAAAACGAAUGAUUCUUCUCUGACAGGCGUCAAAGAAAAAUGUAUAUGGCUUGACAUAGAAAAUUUUAAUUUAUUUUCGCAAAUGGGUUUUGAUGUAAUGCAUGAUAUGCACGAAGGCUGUGCCAAAUACGUCAUGUGCUCUUUACUUGUGGUUUUUGUAGACAAAAUGAAAUAUCUUACAAUUGAUAUAGUUAAUAACAAAAUUUCCUCAUUUCAAUAUGGUCCCGAUAAAAAAGAUAAGCCCGUCACGCUGGCCAUGUCCAAUUUACGAAAAGGCAAUAUACGUUUAAAUGCUGCCGAAAUGAACACAUUUUGCAAGUAUUUUGGUGUAAUGUUUGGCGAUUUCAUUCCAAGACAUGAUAAAUAUUGGCAACUGUAUAUUCAAUUAAUGACUGUUCUAGAUUUUAUCAUGUCACCCCGUUUCGUAUCUGAGCAAAUCGACUAUUUUAAGUAUAUGAUCGCUGAAUUUUGCGAAAUGUACAUCACACUGUUUAACCAAAGUCUUAAGCCUAAAUUUCACAAUUUACUGCACUAUCAUUCAGCAAUGUUACGUUUUGGUCCCUUGAGAUUUCUGUCUUCAAUGCGCUACGAAGCUAAACAUCGCUUUAACAAGUUAGCUGCAAAAUCAACAAAUAACCGAAUUAACAUGACACUGACAGUAGCUCGAAAGCAUCAGUUGAUGUUAAAUGACAUUUUUUUGAAAGAAACAGUUCGUUCGCCUCUUUCGUUUGGGGGCCAAGCAGAAGUACCAGUUAGUGAAUGCGAACAUAUUUUAGAUCAAAUGCAAUGGUCAGAUAAUACAAAAUUAUAUAAAGCGAGUUGGGCUGCAAAGUGUUCUGAGCGCUACCAAGUAAAUUCUGUAAUAGUUACUGCUAUUAAUGAAGAAAACGUUUAUUUUUCCAAAGUUGAUGACAUAUAUGUUGAUGGAGUGUCUAAGAUUAUUUUAAAGGCUAAGCCUUUACAAACAAUUGGUUUUGAUAAUCAUUACCAUGCUUAUAAUGUACUGGACUCAUUACAAUUAUCACCCAUAUACAUUGAUCAAGAUACAAUGCAGUAUCCGUUCGUAUGCAACUGUGUAGUCAUUGGGCAUAACAUUAAUCUUCCUGAGUAUCAUAUCGUACUAAGUAAACCGAUUUAAUUAACCGAACUAGAGUAAGAUUUAAUAAUUUUUUAGUAAUAGUAUGAUUACAAUUACUUAUGCAGGUAAUGAAUACCCUUAACUCUGCCUAUUCUUCCAUAUUUGGUUGCAUGCAGGAUAUUAAGCAGUAUGAUUUAUUAAUGUCUGAAGACAUCAGGUACACAUUUCCCAGCUUACGUACACAAAUAACUUAAGUUUAGUAAAUUAAGUUCGAAAGGGCAGUGGAACAGUGUUAACAAUUUAUAUUUUAAAUAUAUUUUUGUUCGUAUUUUAGUUUACAGUAAGUAAUCAAAUCUUACAUUACCGUAAAUAUGAUGGGAUGAUUAUUGAUAGAAAUAGCUCUGAUUAUGUAAACAGUUUUGUUCAUGCAAUGAGAAUAUGCUAAGUUUAGUUUUUAUAAUGUAAUUCCUAGGCCAAGACGGUUGUCUUAGGAAACACCUUGCAUGUAGUAGUGAUCUGAUGUAUUAAUAGUAUUUCCACAAUUUACAAUAGGGUACAAAACUACACUACUCACGUACUGUUGUUGAGUAAUAGCAGUACUUAGGAUAGGUUAGCAGGUAAAAAUAUAUGCUUAAUUUUUUCCCCAUUUAACGGGUUCGAUUCACGGCUCAGCCAGGUGAUUUUUUUUCAAAUUAUUUGAAUGCAGUUCAUAUUAUUUUUAAAUAAAAAUAGAAAUGAAGCUAUUUUUACUUCUACUCGUCAAAUAUUUGGUGACAACUCCUCAAAUACGUUUAUCUACGUUACGUAAACAUAGCCAUACAUUUGACGUGCCCCUCCCCCGCAAAAAUCGGCAGACUGUUUUGUACAGAAAAUUACAGACGAGGCGUCUCCAGUUGUUAAACCCUCCAAGUUAAAUGUAUGCGACGCGGUCAUUCUUUAUAAGUAAAAAGGAAACAGCUUAAUGCAUGUACGUUAUAUAGUAAAUUAUAUUUCCAAUAUACAGUUAGGUGCAAGGCUGUGUUCCGAUAUAUUUAGCCAGUUGUCACCAAAUAUUUGACGAGUAAAAGUAAACAUAGCUUCAUGUCUAUUUUUAUUUUAAAACAAUACCAACUGCAUUCAAAGAAUUAAUAAAAAAAGCCUGCCUGAUCCAGGAAUCUAACCCGCUAAAUGUGAAAAACCUACUAUUUAACUGUACCGAUAGAAAGACUAAAUCAAAGGGAUCUUCAAAAUAACAUAGCAUCUUAAAUAAUUGUAUGUAAUUAACCUAUUUAAAAUUCUUCGAAAGCAGUUCGUAUUAUUUUUAUAACAAAAAUUAAAUCUUUUUUUCUAUAUUAUCUACAGUAUUCAGGGUACCUAAUGUCUGUCCAUGUAGUAAAGUGUCCCACCCCUGUCUACUGAAAAAAUAAUGUUGCAAAUUUAUUUAAGAAGUAGUGGGUAACUGGGUAAUAAUUCUUAAAUAACAAAUGUUCAAUACUUUUGACCUCAAGUGCAAAAAUAUGUAUCUCAAGAACCGUUGUAUGUAUGUGCAGUCAACAAUACUAUUAGCUUAGCACCUUUGCAUACAAAAUUCUAUGCAGGGGAUGUACCUUUUCUAUGCAGCUGACUGUACAUAUGUAUGUUUUGUGCGUUUAAAUCUUUUUAUCCUAUAAAAGGAACUGCAAAUAAACAUCUUAAUCGUUUAAUUUUUAUAAUGUGCAUUACAUCCGUUAUCAACAGGGCCCGUACAUUUCAUGUCUUUGACGCAAAAAUUACAGAAUUUAACAUACAAGGAGGUUUUUUACAAUACUACAAAUUUCGAUAACUUACCUACAGACGUGUAGAAAAAUAAAAAUCGAUGUUAAAAAUCACAUAUAUGUAUUAUUUAAUAAUCUAUUAUCUAGUUGAGUGACAAGAUGAAAGUCAGUUAGACGUUUCUGAACUGAUUCUUACGUAUCUAAAGAGGUUAACAAAUGAUUAAUUAUUACCAAAAUACUAAUUGGAAUCAUACUCUAUGUAGCGGGACGUCAUUGUUCAGUCAAUGGCAUGAAAUGUACGGGCCCGGGUUAUCAACUAUCAUGGCUAAAUUGAUUCGGCUACCUAUUUCAGUAGUUAAUUUAGAAGAAACAUGGUGUUUGAAUUUGAUUGAUAUACGAGUAAAUAGUUGAUGUCUCAUUGGAAACUCUUACCUAUGUUAAUUAUCGUUUCCUACUAGGCAUUAUCUACAUUAUUUGUAUUUUUUUUUUAUUCUUAUGGACAUGUAACUGUUUUUGAUUAAUAAAAAUUAGUUAUAUAAA